UGUAGUACUCCUGGCAUAGUUGCUCGUGGUGAAGUUGUUCCUGAUAUAAUUAUCUCUGGUGUAGUCCUCCAUGAUAUAUACACAUAUGGUACAGAUUCUGUAACUGGUAUUAUUAACCUUGAAAUUAUU